AACACAGGGGGGAAAAAUAAAAAAGGUUCGAAGAAUAAGUUCUCCGGCAAGUUUGUCGCUUUCCGCAACUCCAGCAGCAGCUCCGGCAGCAACUCCAGCAGAUCGGUAAGCAGCUGCAGCAGUCCAGCAGCAAUCCAGCAGCAACUCCAGAAACAGAUCCGGCAGCAGCAAAGCAACACCAGCAGUUCAGUAGCAGAUCAGUAGGGGUGAUGGAGAAAUGAAUGAAAGUGAGGGCAGAAGGGUGAGAAGGGCGACAAUGAAGAAGGUCUGAGAUUCUUGAAUCUUGAAGAGUGCCGACGGCAGAAGGGAGGGAAGCUGGAGGAUGGCAAAUGAUACUCGACCUAGCCAGAAAAUUAAGGAUUCUGAAAACAAUAGUACAAAGGGGAGGCAGAUUAAUGGGAGUGGUUCAACAAGUUCACAUGCUGCAUCGCCAGAUCCAUGUGGUCUUAGAAGAUCUACUAGAGAAACAUCAUCAAAGCACAGGACAACUCCAAGCUCUUCAAGUGCUAAGAAGUCUGAGUUUGUUGAGAAGCAAAACCCAACAACCAGUCCAGUCAGGAAAUCUGAGAGAAUUGAGAAGCAAAAGAAUUCUAGUCCUUUGAGGAGGCCUGGUAGGGGUAAAAAUAUCUCAGAUUUGUCAAAUGUGAAAAGAAUGACAGAGAAAAAGGAGAAAAAAGAGAAGAGUGUUAAACAGUUGACAUUGGAAACUGAAGAUGUUGAUGAAAAUGAGAAUCCAGAUGAGGAACCUGUUGAGGUCAACAAGACACAAAUGGAUGCUCGUCAUUACAAGGAAUUGUUCAGAAAACAAAAACAGAAGGCAAAUACAACUGAUCACUGUGAGGAACCAAAAAACCAAGGAGACUCUGGUUCAAAGCAAGUUGAUCAUGGGAUCAAGUUCAUUGAAAGGAAUGGUAAAGAUCUUGUGGAGGAUUUUACUGAGAAAUCUGUUAUACGAGAACCAAAAUCUAACAUAAAGCAAUCUCCUAGGAAGACCCUAGAAGAUAGUGAUGGACAUGAGUUGUCUUCCACAAGCCUGAAGCAUUGUGAUACAUGGGAAUCUCCUAAGAAGAACUUGGAAGAUAGUGAUGGACAUGAGUUGCCUAUGACUGGCCCAAAACAUGGUCCUAUGGAGGAAGCUUGUAAAUCUUUAGAUGGGGAUGGUCUGCAUCUUUUGAAGAAUGUUGUGGCCAAGGAGACAAUGGAAGAUGCUGGAAAGGUUGCGCUGGAGAAUAUCCAAUUUCCAACCUCAGCCGAUUCGACAUUGAAGGGAAGGAUCCUUGAUCGUGAUACCAGUUUGGAAAUGGGUCAUAUGCUUUCAAAAAGAAAAAGGGAUACUGCAGACAUUGUUUCUGAUCCCCCUCUUAUGGUUGGAAGUAAAGAUAUGUGUAACUCUAUGGCUGAUGCUGUCACUUUGUUGCCAUCCAACUGCAAAAGUAAAGAUUAUGUUGAGAUAUGCGAUACAUGUUUCAAAAAACAAAGGAUGGAGGUUGACCCAUCAGUGCAGGAGAAUUGCUCUUGUAACACAAAGUCAAACUGCUUGUUUGAUUCUGCGGCUGAGGAGAGAUUGGCUAAAGACAUAGCUAAUGGAAGCAAGUCAGAAUCUUCAAGGUUUAUAGAGUAUUGGCUUCCUGUACAGAUAUCAAGUGUACAGCUUGAGCAGUAUUGUGCCACUCUACUUGAAAACUCGUUGUCUCUCUGCUCGCCUUUAAGGAGUGAUCCUAUUGGUGCUCUCCGCAAAACUCUUAUCUCUACCAGGAAGUGUUGUGAUCAUCCUUAUCUUGUGGAUCAAUCACUUCAAAUGUUGCUCACUAAAGAUCUUAAACCGAUUGAGUACUUAGAUGUUGGAAUAAAAUCUAGUGGCAAACUACAACUUCUUGAGACAAUGCUUUUGGAGAUGAAGAAACUAGGUUUAAGAGCAGUUAUUCUUUUCCAGUCAAUUGGUGGUUCUGGAAGAGAUGCAAUUGGAGAUAUUUUAGAUGACUUUCUCCGUCAAAGAUUUGGUCAAGAUUCUUUUGAACGUAUUGACUCUGGUUUAGUCUAUUCAAAGAAGCAAUCUGCUCUGAACAAGUUCAACAAGGAAAAUGAUAGAUUUGUGUUUUUAUUGGAAACCCGUGCUUGUCAACCUAGCAUCAAAUUGUCAUCAGUUGAUAUUGUUAUUAUGUUCAAUAGUGACUGGAACCCAAUGAAUGAUCUAAAAGCCCUGCAGAGGAUAGCGCUUGGUUCAAAGUUUGAGCAGAUAAUGAUAUUCCGUCUAUAUUCUUCACUUACUGUGGAGGAAAAAUUUUUGAUCCUUGCAAAGCAAGGCAAGACUUUUGAUGGCAAUGCACCAAGCAUAAACCCUAGUACUAUUCAGAGACUGCUUAUGUGGGGGGCUUCACACAUCUUUAAUAAAUUGAAUGAGUUCCAUGAUGCUACCCCAGCAUUCGACACUACUAUAGUUUUUGACCAAUCACAUUUGGAAGAUUUGCUUCAGGAGUUCUUGAUCAUACUUGCUCCAAAUAGGGAAGAUUAUGAUUCAAGAAAGUUGUCUCUAAUUUUGCAUGCCAAACCUCAGGUAACUUACAGAACAGACUUACCAUUGUUUGGUGAGCAGAAAAUUCAAGUGAUGAAUGAAGAUCAACCUUGUAUGUUUUGGACAACACUGCUGAAUGGGAAACAUCCACCAUGGAAAUAUUCUUCUAGUUCAUCUCAAAGGAAUAGGAAAAGGACAUCAGUGCACCAUUUUGAUGAUAUUCAAAAGAAACAUGAGGCUGGGAGUGGUGAAGUUGUAAAGAAGCGCAAGAAGGUAGGCAGUGAUUUUGUUGAUUCUCCCUCUCUAAAAUCUGGUUCAGACAGGCAAAUAGCUGAUCAGGACACGGAAGGAAUCUCAGGAACACUAGCACCUAAUUUAUCUCAUUCUUGGGGUAGAUCAACUGGUCUUGUGAAUGAUCAAAUUUAUGUGCAGCAUGCUUCCAGCUCACCACACCAGUCGACUAGUCAUUUCUCAAAAAUACCAAAAGUAAACACGAGUGAAUGUGAGGAACGAAGAAAACUGCAUGAUUCACAGAAGAGUUUCCACACUCUUUUGAAGCCAGAUAUGGCAAAGCUUUCUGAAGUUCUACAUCUGCCGGACAAUGUUAGAGCCAUGGUUGAAAGUUUCCUUGAAUAUAUCAUGAAUUAUCAUCAUGUCACUAGAGAACUGGCAGCCCUAUUGCAGGCUUUUCAGAUAUCUCUGUGUUGGACUGCAGCUGCUUUGCUGAAUCACAAAAUCAAUCAUAAAAAAUCUCUUGAACUAGUAAACAAGUCUAUCAAUUUUGGCUGCAAGAAAGAAGAAGCGGACUAUGUUUAUUCAUUGUUGCGGUGUCUGAAGAGAACGUUUUUAUACCGCACGGGGAAAAUGAAGGUCCCUAACCCUCCCAAAGCUUCUGAUCUGUCAACUAAAUGCAGUGGCACAGAACAAUGCUCUGCAGCCUCUGACCAUCAAGGAGUGAAAGGACUUGAUGGUUCAUUGAAGGUUUCUGAGUCCUCUGAGAAACAGUCUCUUUCUCAGUCAGAAUUGGCCCUAGAAUAUCAAUUAGCACUGUCAGAUCUCCUUAAAAGUCUCAAAGAAAUUCAGAGAAAAUGUGAUAAAAUGAUGAAAAAUCUUCUUCAGAAACAAAGGGAAGAGAAGGAGAAUUUUGACCGAACUUAUGAGAAAGAAAUGGUACAACUUGAGACUAGAAGGGAAUUGGAGGCAGCUGUUAUUCGUUUGCAUAGCCCCGAAACGACGAGGUUUGAGAAGCUUAAGAAAUUGGAUGAUGAAUAUGUAAUUAAGAUUGAUGAACUCAAAAAGCAGAUGGCCAUUCGCCUUAAAAGUCUUGAGGUAGAGCAGGAGGAAUCAAGGAACAAAGUUCAUCAAUGGAAGGCAUGGUGGGUGGAAGCAGUUAAAUCGUGGGCUCGAAAUGAAUUAGGAUUUACUGAGUGUGAGAGAGCCAUCUCUCCUGGCCAUGAGCAAGAACAUGUUGUCCCUAAAGUUCCUAUUUCCAAAGAACAGAUUCUUGUUGGAGUUAUGGCUGAUGGGGAGUUGGGACAGGAUAUUCCUGCAAGUUUGAGUGAUUGUCUAGACAAUGCCCUUUCUGUGAAACAAUUGCCACAAGACCAGAUUUGUGACAGAUCUGUACUAAAUGUGCCUGACGCAAAUCGGGUGCCUGAGACUGUUUUUUCUGGUGAUGGUAGAGAGAAGAUUGAAUCUGCAAAAUUGUGUUCAUUUGGAGAGCAAGUUCCUGAUGGAAUCACAUUAAGAAAGGCUAACAACAAAGUUCCGUUGGGAGCAUCUGAAGCUGUCAGAGAAACUGAAGUUCAUAAAAACAUUGUCUUUGUUACUUCCCCUUUGUCUAAAGGCCUGAAUCAUGAUGGAGCCACAUCAAAUGUGCCUUGUGGAGAGGCUUCACCCACCACACCUGAGAUUGUCAGUUCUGAUGGUCGGCAGAAUAUUCUCCCCAGUAAUCUCCCUUCAUUGAACGAAAAAAUUUCUGAUGUAUCUGACUCAUGCAUAACUGAAGAGGUACCAUUGGCAGAGACUGAAACUGCUCCUAGUGAGGUAGCUGAGGGUGAUAACCGCUCCAUGAGGCACUUGCUAAGCCUGCCAGAUGGAGACAGCCUGGCAAGCACACCUGAGAUUCUCAAUUCCAGUGACACUCUGCAUAAAGUUGUCCCUGACAUAGCUGCAUCAUGCAUUCCUAUUGGCAAGGUUCCUUCAUCAAAACCCCCCUUUGCUCCUAGGCAAGUACAUGAGAAUGAUGAUGCUAAUGGAGAGAAUCAUGGUGUGGGUGAUAAACUUCUGAUCAGGAACUCUUUGAGAGAGGAUGAAGUAAGCACACCUGAGGUAGCUGCAUCUUGCAUGUCUGAUAGAGAUGGUCCAUUGUCAGACCCUGAAUCUGCUAAUAGGGAAGUACCAAAGGGUGGAAAUGCUGAUAGAGAGAAUAAUGUUGCCUUUAGAGAAGUAAGCACGCCUGAGGUGCCAGAUGGUGAGGACCCAGCAAGCACAUCUAUGAUUGUCAAUUCCAGUGACAGAGUUGCAUCAUGCAAUCCUAAUGGCAAGGAUCCCUCAUCGGAAUCCCCCUUUACUCCUAGGGAAGCACAUGAGAGUGAUGACGGUAAUGGAAAGAAUGAUGUUGUGGGUGAUAAUCUCCACAUAAGAAAUUCUUUGAGCAUGCCUGGCAGAGAGGAUGAGAUAAGCAUACCUGAGGUAGCUGCAUCUUGCAUGUCUGAUAAAGAUUUUGCAUUGUCAGACCCUGAAUCUGCUAACAGGGAAGUACCAGAGGGUGGAAAUGCAGAGAGAGAGAAUAAUGCUGCCAUUGGAGUUGACCAGCAGGAUGGAAUGGUCUGUUCUGUCAAUCAGGAACCUCAGUUCUUGGAAGCACCUGUGGUAGACUCAUCCCAAGCACAGCAUGUGCUUGCCUUGGCCCAGGGUGGUCCAUUGCUAUCAAAUCAGGUCGAGCCAGAGAGAUGCACUGUUCCAUCAACAGAUUCUGAAAUGCAAGCUAGAGAUGCAGCAAAUAUUCAAACACAGAGCAGUUCUCGGGUAGUUGAACCAUCACCAUUGCACUCUGGUUUGGAUCUAACACCUAGCCAAUAUGGUGUAGGUGCCCACAUUGCAGAGGUUGGAGCACAAGUGCAGCCAUCAAGUUCAAGAGGGUCACCUUCAAACCUUAAUAAUCAGUUGGAUUUACCAUUGGCAGGUGGAGUUGAACUUCAACCAAGUAAUGACGACCAUCUUUCUCAUGCUUCAAGACAUGUUUCGGACACAAGAACAGUAUCAACUAAUCUUCCUGUACAAACUGCCCCUACUGUAUCGUCUCAUAUGCCUUUUUCUUCUCAUGAUCCACUUCAAAAUGAAAUGGAAAGGAUAGUUAAAGAAGCAGAGCAAACCAUUAAGAUACACGAAGAAAUGAAGUUGCAGUUAAAAUCUGAUUGUAACAAAGAAAUAGAGGAGGCUAUUGCUCAGAUUCGUAAGAAGUAUGAGAUUAAACUUCAGGAGGCAGAAGCUUGUUUUCUGCUAAAAAAGAAGGAGCUUGAUGUAAAUCACAACAAAGUUCUCAUGAACAAGAUCUUGGCUGAGGCUUUCAGGCUUAAAAUCAUUGAUAAUAAUUUUACUGGAAUGCUGCAAGAGACGGGUACCAAUUUCAUGCAGCAGCUGGCUCAACUAUCACCUCAGCAAAUGCCGCAGAGACCUUCCUCUGUCCCUGGUGGCACACCUCCAGCUAGUUUGCCAGCUACUAUCUCAACUGUGUUGAGUGUGCAGACUGCUUCCCCUCCAGUGGUUACCCCACAAGCCAUAAGCCCAUCUUUGCAGGCUGUUAACACUCCAUCCGCAAUUUUCUCAGGCACUCCACCUAGGCCUCCUCCCCACAUCAGUUCCAUCACCCCUUCUCUUGGAAACCUCCAAGUUGGCAGUGAAAUCCGUGCUCCUGCCCCACAUCUACAUCCAUUUAGACCUUCAACAUCAAUGCACCCUAGUGUUGUCCCACCUCUUUCUUGUGGAAUGCCCGUACAGCCGGGCCAUGGUAACGCCUUUACACCCAGAAUUGCACCAACUGUUAGCCAAGCUGGUAGAGCCCACAUCCCAGCCACAUCUGUAGGGUUGCCAGUUUUACCUAAUAACCUUUCUCGAUUAGAUUUGCUAAUCAAUGCUGCCAAUCAGUCCAUGGCAAAUCCUAAUCCUCCUAAUACCUUGCCCUUAGACACUAGUUCAAACUGUGCCACACCACUGCAACCACUGCCUACCAUGCCAAGAACGCAGUCUAACGCACCACAGCCCAGUGCAGCCACUGACAUUGUUUGUUUAUCUGAUGAUGACUGACCAUUUUGAGUAUCUCUAACUUAUAGUGAUGUGUAGGGUAGCCAUCUUGUUAAAACUUUGUUCCAGAGCAUGGACCUUACAAUUUUCAAUUCUUUUACGGGGCUUCUGAAACGCCUAGUCCAAGGUCAGAAAUUGUAAUUUUCAACAAUUUUCAACAAGUUUCAAAUCAAGGGUGAGGUGAAGGGCGGCACCGUGGCUUUGACUAUCAGAAUUAAGACCUCAAGACAACUUAAUGAUCGGUGAUGAAAUAUACUGAAUGGAUUUUGUUGUCAAUUGAACAACUCUGCAGUUUCUGGGAUCACAGGGAUGUAAUUAAUUUUAACUCAAGUUUGUUAAAUUUCUGUACAUAAGAACUUCGAACUAUGAAUUGGCGAGAUGCUGAAAG